AUGUCCCCAAUUCAAUAUGCCGCCUACGUCCACCCGGCGACGGGCGCCAACCGAAUCGCUCACUACGACCUAACCAAUAAGACCAUCCAGCCUCUCGCCUUCCGUUCCGGAACACCAGUCUCCGACCUAUACCAGGUCAUCGAAGCCGGCGCCCGCACCGUCAUGCCCACAGGUGAACCCGUCCCCGUGUCGAGUGUCAAGCUCCUACCUCCCAUCUCCGGCCGCGACAUCCUGGCCGUGGGUAAGAACUACGCAGAGCACGCCAAGGAGUUCAACAACUCGGGUUACGACAGCUCCGACAAGGUCGCGCUGCCCAGCCACCCUGUCAUCUUCACCAAGCGUGCGACUUCGACCAUCGCCGACGGCGCGCCCAUCUUCCCCCACCCCGAGUUCACCAGCACACUCGAUUACGAGGGUGAGGUCGGUGUAAUCAUUGGCAAGUCGGGAUUCCGCGUCGACGAGGCCAACGCUUGGGACUAUGUAUGGGGUUACACCAUCAUCAACGACGUGACGGCGCGUGAAAGGCAGAGGGACCACAAGCAGUUCUUCAUUGGAAAAUCUGCCGACACAUUCUGCCCUAUCGGCCCCAUUGCCGUCGCCAAGGAGGAUCUGCCCCCCGUCCUUAAGCUUGAGACACACGUCAACGGCAAGCUUGAGCAGAUCGCCACUACAGACGAUCUGAUCUUCUCGAUCCCCGUCCUAAUCAAGACCAUCUCCGAGGGUAUCACCUUACGGCCCGGAGAUGUGAUCGCCACGGGAACACCCGCUGGUGUGGGCAUCGGCAAGAAUCCCCCUGUCUUUCUCCAGCCCGGCGACGAGGUCUCAGCAUCUAUUUCCGGCCUUGGCGCCCUCACUAACAAGAUCGGCACGGUCGGCUCCACCAACUCCACGCAGGAAGCCGUUGAGAAGCAGUCCUCUUUCGCGCUCAUAAACGCGUCCAAGACCCUCGGUGGUGGUAUCGGCCUGACCCAGCUAAAUGGCAAGCCCCUUCACUACAAGAAGGUGGGCUCCGGCGGCGAGAAUGUCGUGUUCAUCCACGGCCUGGGCGGCUCCAUGGAGUACUGGACGCCUCUAAUUCCCUCUCUGGAGCAGACCCACACGCUGCACCUCUUCGACUUUGAGGGCCACGGUCUCAGCCCCACGCACCCCCUUAGUCGUGUGGAUAUUGAGACGAUCGCGGCCGACCUUCACGCCGUCGUCCAACAUGCGGGCGCCCCAGCCACCGUUGUCGCCCACUCCUUGGGUUGCUUGGCGGCCCUCCAGUUUUCCAUCGACAACCCCGAACUAGUUCGGAAGCUUGUCCUCGUCGGUCCUCCUCCCUCGCCUCUGUCCCAGGCCGAUUCCGACACCAGGCACGCCCGCGCCGCUCUCGUAAGGGCCAGGGGCAUUGCCGCCGUCGUUGACGCCAUCGUCAACGACACCACCUCGGCCCGUUCUAAGGAGGCCAACCCCGUCGCCGCCACCGCCGUACGGCUCAGCCUGCUAGGCCAGGACCCUGAAUCCUACGCCAAGGCAUGCGAUGCGCUCGGCAGGGCCAAGGGGAAGCUCGAGGUCGAGAAGCUGUCGAUGCCCACGCUCAUCAUCACCGGCGACGAGGACAAGAUCUCACCGCCUGCGCUCUGCGAGGAGUACAUAUCUCGGAUUCCCAGUGCUCAACUUGUCGUUCUCAAGGGUGUCGGCCAUUGGCCUGUGUAUGAAGAUGUUGCUGGUGUUAUCCAGGCGCUAAAGUCGUUUCUGUAG